AUGUGUUUUUCUUAUUUUAGGGUGCGAUUUGGAUUUUAUGUUGGAUCUUUGGGUUUAGGAGAGGUUUUUGACAUUUUUCUUGUUGUUAGCGUGGGUGUAUCGAUUUUGAGUGCAAGGGUUCGAGAUUUCUAGUAUUAUUAGUUUGAGAAAUGGAAGCUCGAAAUUCUGCAAAAGAGGAGGGGAUGGAACUCCCUCUUCCUCCUCCAGUUGUACCGUCUAACGUAGCUCCUAUUAAAGUUCAGAAUGACCACUCUCUUACUGAGCAACUGAAGAAAAAAAGGGUACCAAUGGCAAGGCCUGGUUUUGCUAAGAAAGGCCAACCCAUAUCUCUUCUAACCAAUCACUUCAAAGUUUCUAUCCGCAAUGUUGAUGAUUUCUUCUUUCACUAUAGUGUCAACCUGAAAUAUGAAGAUGAUAGACCUGUGGAUGGGAAGGGAAUUGGCAGAAAGGUGAUAGAUAAGAUGCAACAAACUUAUGACACAGAGCUCGGAAAGAAGGGGCUUGUCUAUGAUGGUGAAAAGACUUUGUUCACGAUUGGCCCGCUCCCUCAGAUUAACAACGAGUUCACUGUCAUACUUGAUGAUAUGCCUUCAAAGAGAAAUGGCAGCCCCAAUGGAAAUGAUAGUCCCAGUGAAGGUGAGCGCAAGCGAGCCAGACGAUCUUACAAUGCCAAAACUAUCAAGGUUGAACUUAGUUUUGCUGCAAAAAUCCCGAUGCAAUCCAUAUCCCUCGCCAUACAGGGCAAAGAGACGGAGAACACACAGGAAGCGUUGCGGGUGCUUGAUAUCAUUUUGCGACAACAUGCUGCGAAGCAGGGUUGUCUCCUUGUGCGCCAAUCAUUUUUUCAUGAUAAGCAAUCGAACUAUUCAGAUUUGGGAGGUGGUGUAUUUGGAUGUAGGGGAUUUCAUUCAAGUUUUAGGCCUGUUAAAGGAGGCCUUUCCCUGAAUGUUGAUGUAUCUACUACGAUGACUGUCAGACCGGGUCCUGUUGUUGAUUUCCUUAUUGCGAAUCAAAAUGUGAGGGAUCCGUUCCAAAUUGACUGGGCAAAAGCAAAGAGGAUGCUAAAAAAUUUGCGUGUUAAGGUUGGAAAUUUGGAAUACAAAAUUGUUGGUUUGAGUGAUUUGCCAUGUGACCAGCAGAUGUUUACUCUCAGGCAGCGAGGUGACAGUGGGGACAAUGCUUUGGAGAUAACUGUAUAUGAUUAUUUUGUAUCACAUCGCGGGAUUCCCUUAAAUUAUUCUGGCAGACUCCCUUGCAUUAAUGUUGGAAAGCCGAAGCGACCCACAUACUUCCCAAUUGAGCUUUGCAAUUUGGUCUCUCUGCAAAGAUACACUAAGGCACUGACAGUCCUUCAGCGGGCAUCUCUUGUUGAAAAAUCAAGGCAAAAGCCGCAGGAGCGGAUGUCAUCGUUAAGUAAUGCUUUGAAAUACAGCAAUUAUGAUGCUGAUCCUAUGCUGCAAGCAUGUGGAAUUUCUAUCAACACCAACUUUACACAAGUUGAUGGUCGUGUGUUGCCGGCCCCCAAGUUGAAGGUUGGCAAUGGUGAAGAUUUUUUUCCUAGAAAUGGUCGAUGGAAUUUCAAUAAUAAGAAAUUGAUGCAACCUGCCAAAGUAGAGCGAUGGGCUGUUGUCAACUUUUCUGCCCGAUGUGACAUUAGCUCUCUCAUAAGGGACCUAAUCAAAUGUGGGAACAUGAAAGGAGUUCUUGUUGAACAGCCAUUUGACGUUUUUGAAGAAAAUCCUUCUGUGAGAAGGGCCACUCCUCCUGCAAGGGUUGAUGAGAUGUUCGAGCAAAUUCGAACUAAACUUCCCGGGGUUCCAAAGUUUCUUCUUUGCCUUUUACCUGAGAGGAAAAAUUCUGACCUUUAUGGGCCUUGGAAGCUCAAGUGCCUUUCGGAGUUUGGAAUUGUAACACAAUGCAUUGCACCGAUGAGAGUCAAUGACCAGUAUUUGACAAAUGUCUUGUUAAAAAUCAAUGCUAAGCUUGGCGGCUUGAACUCACUGCUGCAAAUUGAAAAUACAUCGGCUAAUCCAAUUAUCUCAAGGGCUGCUACAAUUAUAUUGGGAAUGGAUGUUUGCCAUGGCUCUCCUGGACGGUCUGACGUGCCUUCAAUUGCAGCAGUUGUUAGUUCAAGGCAGUGGCCACUGAUUUCGAAGUAUAGAGCAUCAGUAAGGACGCAGUCUUCGAAGGUAGAAAUGAUUGAUUCUUUAUUUAAGCCAUCCGAAAAAAACGAAGAUGAUGGCAUAAUCAGGGAGCUACUUCUUGAUUUUUACACCAGUUCUGGGAAGAAAAAGCCAGAUCAAAUCAUUAUUUUCAGGGAUGGAGUAAGUGAAUCUCAAUUCAACCAGGUUCUGAACAUUGAGUUGGAUAAAAUUAUUGAGGCUUGCAAGUUUCUUGAUGAGCAGUGGUGCCCAAAGUUCACCUUGAUGAUUGCACAGAAGAAUCAUCAUACAAAAUUUUUUCAGGCUGGAGGUUCUCCGGACAAUGUUCCUCCUGGGACUGUGGUCGACAAUCAAGUUUGCCAUCCAAAAAAUUAUGACUUCUACAUGUGCUCCCAUGCGGGAAUGAUUGGUACAAGCAGACCAACCCACUAUCAUGUCUUGCUUGAUGAAAAUGGUUUCAGUCCUGAUGAUCUACAGGAGCUUGUCCAUUCACUCUCCUAUGUAUAUCAAAGGAGCACAACAGCAAUAUCUGUGGUGGCGCCCAUAUGUUAUGCCCAUCUUGCUGCUGCACAAAUUGGCCAGUUCACCAAGUUCGAGGACAGGUCUGAAACCUCUUCAAGUCAAGGGGGUUUCACUGCCCCUGGUGUUGUGCCUGUUCCUGAACUACCGCGUCUACAUGAGAAUGUUCGGAGCUCAAUGUUCUUUUGUUAGGAAAGAUCCCAUUGCCUCUUUAGUUUCCCUGCUUAAUUUUCUGUGUACGUAGCCACGUUUUAGUUUUUUAGCUGUUUUGAUGUUAGACCAUAUAUACAAGGUAGCUGUUUUUGCAGGCACUCCUGUGGCGGUAUUGUUUUGUUGUUUUGUGAAAAGAGGCUUGCCUGGGCCCAAUCAAUUGGGUCAAAUUUUCCGCUUUA